AUGUACACCAAGGACAAUCUAACCUCAUUUCCGGCCUUUGAGUUCCUCUGUGGACCGAGGGCGGCGAAGCGAAGACACCCAGCGAAGGUUGCUUGCUUGUAUUGUCAGCCGUGGUCCAUAGGCUUGGCCACUCACACCUCUCGUUUCACGCACUCAAGUGGACAGAAUACAAGAAUAGCCAUCAGGCUGGCCUUUCUCUCGACUCAGCUGUCUCCGGACUUUCUGCAUCGAACUCGGCCCCAGUCUCGCAAACCCUCAUCCUGUAUCCAACCGCAACUGUCCGAUAUGUCGCUUGAGCAAAAGACGGCCACAACGGUCCAAGACGCCGACAAGGCUGAAGCCAAAGAGUACGAGAGCACGAUGAUCCCGGAUGUUGCCACGACCAACGCGCCCAUCUCGGUCGAGGAAUUCGCCCACCUCGACGAGAAGAAGAUCUUGAGAAAGAUGGAUCUUCGUCUCAUCCCCAUGUUGACUCUUCUUUACUUGCUGUCAUACCUAGACCGUGGAAAUAUCGGAAACGCCAAAGUCGAAGGCCUCGUUGAUGAUCUACACAUGUCAGGCGAUCAAUACAACUGGUGCCUCACUGUGUUCUUCUUUACCUACGCUGCUUUCGAAGUCCCCAGUAACUUGGUCCUCAAGAAGCUCCGGCCCAGCCGAUGGCUACCAACUAUCAUGAUUGCGUGGGGAGUAGUUAUGACAUUGAUGGGACUCGUAAAGAACUACCACGGCUUGCUCAUUUGCCGUAUCUUCCUUGGAGUGACGGAAGCCGGCCUCUACCCUGGUGUUACAUACUAUCUGACAAUGUGGUAUUGCCGUCACGAGAUGCAAAUCCGCCAGGCACUCUUUUUCUCUGCUGCCUCCAUCGCGGGGGCGUUUAGUGGCCUUCUGGCAUUUGGCAUCGCGAAGUUGGACGGUACAGCGGGGCUGGAAGGCUGGCGAUGGAUUUUUAUUCUGGAGGGCAUCGCGACUGUCGCUGUGGCUAUCUCGGCAUUCUUUGCUCUGUACGACUUUCCAGAAACAGCUGGCUUCCUGAACGGGGAGGAGAAGAACUUUGUCCUCUUCCGUCUCCAGCACCAGGGCGGCAUGCGGGAUGCUGAUGGCGAGAAUGUGGGAGCCACAGUUCAAGAGGCAGGGGAGUUCAAGUGGGCGUAUGUCCGUCAGGCUUUCACUGACUGGCAGGUCUGGACUUCGAUCAUUGUCUACUGGGGAUUCGUCUGUCCCAUUUUCGGCAUCAGCUUGUCGCUUCCAUCUAUCAUAGCCGACAUGGGCUACGGACGCUCCACGGCCCAAUUGAUGACGAUCCCCAUCUAUGUUGCUGCCUCCAUCAUCGCCCUGAUCGUCGCCUACUCAUCUGACCGAGCUGGUCUACGCAGCCCGUUCUUCUUAGGUUGCAUGAUGCUCGUUGUGGUUGGUCUUGCUAUGUGCCUGAUCUCAAAGGACUCCAAGGUCGUCUACGCGGGGCUGAUCGUGGCGGCUUGCGGCAUGUACCCGGCUUCUCCUAGUGCCGUCACUUGGCUCUCAAACAAUUUAUCUGGCACGUAUAAGCGGAGUACGGGUAUGGCCCUCCAGAUGUCUAUUGGCAACCUGGGAGGUGCCAUGGCUUCCAACUUCUACCGCGCCCGAGAUGCACCGCGGUACAUCAUGGGACAUGGCCUCUCGAUGGGCUUUGCAGUCGCUGGCAUCCUCGCUGCAGGCGUGUUAGUCAUGGGUUACACCCUGAGAAAUCGGAAGAGACAACAGGCUGUCAGAAACGGAGAGAGGGCUAGCUUCACCGAGGACGAGCUUGCCUUCAAGGGAGACAAGGCUAUCACCUGGCGAUACAUGUUGUAG